UAAAGGAAAUUCAUAACAUUAAUUUCGUCACAUAUUCCGACUUCCACUUUCCUCCCUCUUUCGUCACAUCUGUCCCUUACAUUUUGCUCUUAUUCGGCUCCUUUUUCUUAUUCUCUAGCCACACACACACACGCACCCCCCACCCCCCCCUUCAAAAUCUUGCUCUAUGGCAGAAGAACCCAAACCCGGAGGAACCUCACCACCACCGUCACUCUCACAUACCACCAACAUGAUCCACGACAACUGCAACUGCCAGGCCAGCUGCAGCUGCAACCACAAACCCCCCACCAAACCCGCAACCCAACCCCCCACCAAAUCCCCAACCCAACUCUCCACCCAACCCCCCACCGAUUACCGCUACGCCGCCAAACAACCCCGCCGCGCCCUCUGCUGUUGCCUGGCCGUCUUCCUCCUCCUAGCCGGCAUCACCCUCCUCACACUAUACCUAGUCUACCGCCCACAUAAACCCUACUUCACCGUCGCCUCCGUCACCGUCCUCAACCUCACCACCAACACCUCCGCCCCGCCACCGUCCGUAUCCGCCGCCAUGCAAUUCACCAUCAUCACCACAAACCCAAACCACCGCGUCUCGAUCCUCUACGACCGCCUCUCGGCCUACGUGUCGUACCAUAACCAAAUGAUCACGCAGCCGGUGGCCUUGCCGCCCCUGUUCCACGAGAAGCAUACCAGGGUGGAGAUGGCACCCGUACUGGGUGGCGCUGUGGGCGGCGGGUGCGGUGUUUGUGGCGGUGGCGGCGGGGCGGUGCCGGUGGCUCCGGAGGUGGCGUAUGGGUUGGGGAUGGAUGAGGAGUACGGGGUGGUUGGGUUGAGUUUGGUUUUGCUGGGGAAAAUCAGGUGGAAGGCUGCUGGUAUAACUACAGGGCGUUACGGGAUUUACGUGAAAUGUGAUGUUUUGAUUCGGUUGAGUAAGGAGGGGGUUGUGGGUCAAGUCCCUUUUGUUGCACUUCCUGUUUGUCAUGUUGAUGUAUAGAUAUAAGAGCAAUGCUACGUUGACCAUGUUGGAGUAUCACAUUUUGCGUAUCGUGUGAGGUGUCAUUAUUGUAUUGGUAGAAUGUACUUCACUACAUAAUAAAUGAGGCAUAUUCUACCAAUACAGUGGUGAUCGACACAUAAAAUUGUACUUAAAAUGUGGUACUCAGACAUGAUCACCAAAGCAUUAGCGUAGUUAUAAAUAUUCCUAAUUAACCCCUUUUCCCUCCUUAAUUCGAUCCCCAAGCUUGCAAGUGAUCACGGAGUAAAAGGCUGCUUUUAUUUUGGA